AUGCCGGGCACUGCACCCAUCUCUAAAGCCCCGUAUCGUUUGGCUCCGCCUGAAAUGCAAGAGUUGAAGGCUCAAUUGCAAGAACUCCUUGACAAGGGUUAUAUCCGGCCAAGUACAUCGCCUUGGGGAGCUCCGGUGUUGUUUGUAAAGAAGAAGGACGGGAGUAUGAGGUUGUGUAUUGACUACCGGGAACUGAAUCAAGUUACCAUCAAGAACAAAUACCCUCAUCCAAGAAUAGAUGACUUGUUUGAUCAACUCCGUGGCGCGGGAGUGUUUUCCAAAGUUGACUUGAGGUCAAGAUACCAUCAGAUAAAGGUAGCAGACAAGGAUAUUCCUAAGACUGCGUUACGGACUCGGUACGGUCACUACGAGUUUACAGUUAUGCCGUUUGGGAUGACUAAUGCCCCUGCAGUUUUUAUGGAUCUGAUGAACAUAGUGUUCAAACCCCACCUCGAUGAUUUUGUGAUCGUGUUCAUCGACGAUAUUUUGGUCUAUUCGAAACAUAAGAGAGAGCAUGUUGGACAUCUUUGGACGGUACUUCAGAUCUUGAGGGAGAAACAGUUGUAUGCCAAGUUCUCUAAGUGCGAAUUCUGGAGAGACAGUGUGACGUUUCUAGGCCACGUGAUUGAUAGUAGAGGGAUUUCUGUGGAUCCGGACAAGAUACGGGCAGUGAAGGAAUGGACUGCACUUCAUCGAUGUCGGAAGUAA